AUGACUAAGAGGAAGAAGGUUCGGACCUCAGGAGAAGGAAUCCGUCCUCCAAAACCCACAAAGAACCCAAGGCAAGGAGACUCUGAUGGGGGCCCCCAGAGUUCCGAGUUGGGCGGUUCGCAUCACCCUGAAGAGCCAGAAGGCAGGUCGGGACGUGCUUCCUCUGCAGAGCAGAGCAGGGAGGAACUGGGACAGGCAGUCUCCAGCUCCCCUGAUGAGGAAAUAGGAGCUUCUUCCAGGCUCCUCGGGCAACGAGAAAAGGAGUCAGCUCCCUUUCCUCCUUCCCAGAGCUCAGUUGGGAGGUUUGUCCCCCAGUUUGCAAAACCCAGGAAGACAGUUGCAAGAAAAGCAGAGACCAGGGAAGAGGACCCUAGCAAUGGGGCCAUUAGCCCGGAGACACUUCCAGAGCCCGGUGCCCAGCAGGCAGGAAGCCAGCUGCUGGAGGAGUCCCCAGGGCUUGCUCUCCAGGAGGCCAGGGAGCUGGGAGACCAGGAACAGGCAGAUGACACCCACCCUGAGCAGAGCAGCUGGAACCUCGUGAGGCCUGUGUCCAGCAGCUGGGAUCCUCAGCCCAUGGUCUCUCCAGAAGGGGGAACAGCACCCUCUGCCUCAGAGGGAGCCAGCCAGUACCCCCUGUUGGAGCAAGGGACCAACAGGGAUGGUGGAAACUUGGGGAACAGCAGGCCAGAGACAGAGAGGGCUGGGGUUGAAGGCAAUCAUGGCCAGAAAGGGCACCUGCUGAGAAGUGAUGCUUCAGGGAAGGAGAAAGACAGAGGAGUCCCCCAGGAGGGAGGUGCCCAAGGAAGGGCAGGAGCUGACCUGCCCGGGGGGCCCUGGGAGGAAGAAGAUGGGGUCCCAGCAUCAGCUCCUACCUUGGUCCCUGCUCAGGGACUGGGCCCUGCUACUGGGUGCCCAGAGCCUGGGUCUCUGGCCCAGGGCCCCCCUAAUCCCAGACACAUGCCCAGUGGGACAGGGGGAGAAGCAGAACAGAGCCGCAGCAGCCAAGGAUGCUUCUCCCUGGGGGCUGCUGUCAUCGCAGACAUGAGCAUAGACCCUCCUGAGCUGGAACAGAGGACUCCAGAAGUGGCCAGGCCAGAUGGGCAGACCAACACCAGGUCAUCUGCCUCUCCCGCCAGGAAGGCCUCUGAUGGAGGACACAGCAGGGAGACCACAGGAGGCAGAGGGGCACCAACGUGGGGAGAUGAGCCCCCAGGCAACCUCCCAGUGGGCCUCACAGCCUCCCUGGCUCUGACUCACAGGAACCGAGAGCCAUCAUUGGGUGCUGGAGUUUCUGGCCAUCUAGCCCCAGAAACAGGCCCAGGUGUUGAUCAGAAGCAGGUUCCAGGCCCUGAUCAAGAGGCAACCAAGUUAGGCAGUCAGAGCCACGAGCAAGUCCCCGAGGGGCUCGGUCUAUUCCUCCGCACCUCUGUUCUGCCAGAGCACAGGGAAGCUACAGUUGACCCUUCCCAGGAGACCUGGGCCUGCCAGGGAUCAGCCACCCCUGCAGAGCCAGCAGGGCAGCCUGAAUACCCUCCUGAUUCUGCAGACCAGGCCAUCUGGGGGGGGUCCUCAGCCGUGGAAUUUGACUUCCUGCCAGAAAGCCAGAUACGGGAUGCCCUGGAUGCCCCCGACUUUGAAGCCCCACUUGAGCAGCUGUUUCCUGCAGGGAGCAGGCUGGACCCUUGCUGUCCUGGCCCUCACCCACAUGCCAAUGGAGACCCCCUCCCAGUGGCCGAGACCCAGCUGAGGACCCACGUGGAGAUCAAGGCCUGUGAAGCCUGCAGGAUGGAGGACGCGACAGACACUGUGCGUGGCCUGGUCAUUGAGCUCUCCAACCUGAACCGCCUGAUCAUGAGCACCCACCGGGACCUGGAAGCCUUCAAGCGCCUCAACUACCGGAAGGCCAAGCCAGCAGGGAAAGGCCCUUUGCCUUUCCCAUCGAAGGGGGCUGGGAGUCUCCCUCGAGGGGAGCAAUCCUGGAGCGAUUUGUAGGCUGCUUCCAACAGGCCUAGGAAGCGUUGUCUGUGUGUGUACACAGGCAUGCACAUGUGUGCGUUUCCUUUGCACCCUGGCCCAAACUGCUGCACAGUCUCUUAGCAGACUCAGGAAUGCCCAUAGGCAGCCUAGUAUUUUGUUUCCCCUCCAAGAUGCUCCAAAGGGUCCUAGUGGGCCCCAGAAACCCACCCUCAGCUGACCCUUAAGUCAGCCUUCUUUGGGAUACACUCAGGAAGCCCCAUGGUCCUGGCCUCAUUAACAGCCUCCCAUGGGAAUCAGGUACCAGAAGGGAACCCACGUCUCCCCUGGCUUCAGGUGGGCCUGGGCUCCAGGAAGCCUGCCGAGUCUGAGCAGGGCCCAGCCCCACCCAGAUGUUUGUCUGGAUUUGCAAACUGAGGUUGCUUAGCUGAGGUUAUGGAAGGUUCAGAGUAUGUUUCUUGCCUGGAAGAGAAAAGGAAACUUUUUGUUGGUUGGACCUUUGUCUUUCUCCAAUUUUCUCUUUAUUUCUUCUGGGAAGACGAGUAAUAAAUGAAUCUGUAAUGAG